AUGCAACUACGAACAGUUAUCUCGACUGCCCUUGCAGCGGCACCGCUGGCAGUGUCUGCAGCAGGAACCCUUGGCUUUGCCGUAGGAAAUACGAACCCUGAUGGCACCUGCAAGAAAAUUUCAGACUUCGAAGCCGAUUUCGAGGCCAUCAAAGGAAAUACCGAUGCUGGGCUCGUUCGAACAUACUCAUCCACUGACCAGUUUGGAAAUGCUUGUAAUACUCCUUCAGAGGUCCUCCCGGCUGCAAAAUCAGCUGGCAUCAAAGUUCUGUUAGGCCUGUGGCCCGACGGAGGUGCUUGGGAGAAAGAGAAAGCCGCUCUGGAUGCGGCUGAUCCUUCUUCAUUCGGGGAUACCCUCUACGGCAUUACAGUAGGCUCAGAGGGCAUGUAUCGUGGAACAUACAACGCCGAGGAACUUGUGGGUUGGAUCCAAGAAACGAAGAAAGACUACCCCAACACAAAAGUCGGAACUGCAGACAGCUGGAACUGUUGGGCCAAUGGCACAAUGGAUUCCAUCAUUACAAGCGGUUUGGACUUGGUUCUUGCCAACGGAUUCGCCUACUGGCAAUAUCAAGAGAUUGGUAAUGCAACAAAAACAUACUUCGAUGAUAUGGCACAGGCGCUUGCCCAUGUUCAAGAUGUUACUGGCUCCUUGGACCAAAUCCACUUCAUGAAUGGAGAAACUGGAUGGCCUGGUACUGGAGGCACUGAUGCUGGUGCUGCGAAAGCAGGUGACGACAAUAUGGAAAGCUAUUGGAAAUCAGCAGUCUGUGGACUUCUUGACUGGGGUGUUGACCUCUUCUGGUUUGAAGCUUUCGAUGAGCCCAACAAGCCUGCUGCCAUUGGCGAUAAUGGCCAAGAGGCGGAUGAGUCCCAUUGGGGUUCAUUUGACGCCGAGCGCAAUCCCAAAUUUGAUAUGCGCUGCUAG